AAAUUCUAAUUACCCUUUUUCAUUAACAAAAAUAAAUAAAUAAUUAAACACAGUGCCAGCCGACGUCGUUUUCAUCCAAUGCCUUCUUCCCCAGAAGCGGAAGAACAACUCCAGCCACUGACAGUCUGAAACUCAUUCCCAGAGUCCGAAAAUGGGUAGUGUUAACAACAAAGCCCGACCUUUCGGCGGGCAGCACCACCACCAGCAGCCUCUUUGCACCCGCACGCACCAGAUCGGAGCCCUCCUCUUGGUCGCCGCCACCUUCUUCUUCACAAGCCUCUUCGACCGCUCCUUCCGCCCCUGCGCCUCUCACUUCUCCACCGUUGAUCUCAUCCCCACUUCUCGGAGCUCCGUCCAUGUCUCCGACGGUCGAGAUCUCUUGUGGCCCCAUCGGGGGUACGGGCCCCACCUCGACCUCAAAAUCUACGUCUACGAUGACAGCGAGAUCGAUGGCCUCAAGGCCUUGAUGCACGGGAGGGAUGGCACUAUCGACUCCAGUACUUGCUUGAAAGGUCAGUGGGGCACUCAGGUUAAAAUACACAGGCUACUGCUAAAAUCGAGGUUCCGAACACGGAAGAAAGAGGAAGCAGACCUAUUUUUUGUGCCUGCGUAUGCUAAAUGCGUUCGAAUGAUGGGUGGUCUUAAUGAUAAGGAGAUUAACCAGACAUAUGUGAAGGUGUUAAGUCAAAUGCCAUAUUUCAGGCGAUCUGGCGGCCGUGACCACAUAUUUGUUUUCCCUAGUGGUGCUGGAGCUCACCUAUUUAGAUCUUGGGCAACAUACAUAAAUCGUUCCAUUAUUCUUACCCCUGAGGGUGAUCGCACUGAUAAGAAAGAUACAAGUGCCUUCAAUACGUGGAAAGAUAUCAUUAUUCCUGGGAAUGUUGAGGACGGGAUGACUACAAAUGGGGCCACCUUGGUUCAUCCUUUGCCAUUGUCAAAACGGAAGUUUUUAGCAAACUAUUUAGGCCGUGCACAAGGAAAGGUUGGCCGUCUUAAGUUGAUAGAGCUUUCAAAGCAAUUUCCAGAUAAGUUGGAAUGCCCAGAGCUGAAGUUCAGUGGUCCUGACAAAUUGGGAAGGAUAGAUUAUUUUGAACAUCUGCGCAACGCCAAGUUCUGCCUUGCUCCACGUGGGGAGUCAUCUUGGACUCUUCGUUUUUAUGAGGCUUUCUUUGUGGAGUGUGUCCCUGUGAUAUUAUCAGAUCAAGUAGAAUUGCCUUUCCAGAAUGUUGUUGACUACACCCAGAUAUCAAUUAAAUGGCCGUCCACUCGAAUAGGUCCCGAGCUUUUGCAGUACCUAGAGUCAAUACCAGAUGAAAAUAUAGAGGGGAUGAUAAGCCGUGGCAGACAAGUAAGAUGUUUAUGGGCCUAUGCUUCUGAAUCAGCUUCAUGUUCUGCAAUGCAUGCAAUUCUUUGGGAACUUCAGAGGAAAGUCAGGCUGUUUCACCAGUCAACUGAAACAUUCUGGCUGCACAAUGGAUCUGUUGUAAAUAGAAACUGGGUACAGUUUUCUGAUUGGAGACCGCCAAUGCCUUUGCCUUGAUUAUCAUAUUAUGCAUGGAAUGCCGAUCUAUACAGCCUCUUUGUAUAGUCUCUGUGCCUUUCUAAAGUUCAUAAGUUAAUUUUUUUUAUUCAUAACUAAAUAUUUGUUGUAUACAGUUUAUUGAUAUAUCUUUUUAGUCUAGUGAAAAGUUCCAGGUGUUUACGACUUUACAUACUACAGAACAUCUCCUAUCAGAAAAAUAUUGCCCGUCUCUGUCUC